AUGCCAUCUGUUCCCUCGCAUCUGCCAUCUGUCCCCCCCUGCAGUGAUGUGAGCAACAACAGCCUGUACGGGCGCAUCAGCCACAACUUCAACAGCAUGGUAGCAGACGGCGAUGCGCUCAUCAACCUCGCACACAACUUCUUCUACGGCGACGCCGUGCUCUUUGCCGCGGGCUGCCAGGUGUGCCCCGAGGAGAUCCCCCACCGCAACCAGCUGCAGCUGGGCGACAGCAGCGUGCGGGUGGCAGGGAUGUGCAGCGACACUGCCUCCGGUAGCUUGCGAGACUACUCGGUGGCGGGGGCAGGCAAGGGCGCCAGGGGGAGUCUCGCAGGCAACUGCCUGACGGUCAAACGGGACAACAAGUGCCCGUCUAAUGCCACUCAGCGCAGCACGGCAGCCUGCCAGGCGUUCUGCAGCAUCACGGACAACGGCCCGUGUGACGGCCAUGGGGCGUGUGUGCCGCCUGCACCGGCCGCCCCUGCCAACUCUGGGUACCAGACACCAGUCACCAACUUCACAUGCAUGUGCGACGCCGGGUACUCCUCCGUGGACCUGGGCAACGGCUCCACCUGCGCCAUUGUCAACUCCACCACCACUGCUGCUGGUGAGGCACCCGCACACAUGCACAACCCAUCUGGAGUCCAUGCUGUGCUCACAUCUCAUCUCCCCUCUGCUGCCCUUCCUGUAGCACUUCUCCGACUGAAUUUGCUCCACUCCCCACCCCUGUUCCCCCACCCCGCCUUCUUUACCCCUGGCAGCGUCCUCGCUUUCAACAGUAAGAUCGCCAACAAUGCUCCCAUGUCAUUCAUCCUAUUCUCACACCUCUUUCCCGUUCGCCCUGCCACCAUGCCUGCGCUACAGCUCACCCUCCCUGCCGCCACCACCGCUGCAUUCCUCCUCUACUUGCUUGCUCAAACCCUCGCUAAAUACCCUCUCUCGCUGCGCCAGAGGCUGCGCCUGGCACAAGGAUCAGCAGAGGGCUUGGCAUACCUGCAUGGGUUUGGCACGCCCAUCAUCCACCGCGACAUUAAGCCCGCCAACAUCCUCGUCUCAUCCGACAUGACGGCUAAGGUGGCAGAUUUUGGGCUGCUCAAGCAGCUCACUCAUGGCGAUGCUCAUGCCACCAGAGUGGCGGGCACACCCGGCUAUGUGGAUCCUGAUUACAACCGCACUGGCGUCAUCACAGCCAAGAGCGAUGUCUUCAGUCCUGGGUAUGCCCAUGCUAGAUUCAAUCAUGACGAUGCCCCCUGCACUGUCUUUCCUCCCUACGAUGCUACCUUGCGCCUUAGCUCUGUAUCAUGCCACUUGCUCCUCCACUGUUUACUGCGCGACCUCACGCCUUCUCCUAUUUAUUAUGCUGCCUCGCAUCGUCUGUUUCUUGUGGUGCAGGCGCAGCAGAGGGUGGAUGCAUAUGAGCCGGACGAGCUCAAGGACAGCAACCUGCAGGCCAGUGACGAGGCUGUGGUGGACUUUGCUGACCUGGCGCUAGACUGCAUGAAGGCGCCGGGCACACGCCGCCCAGAGAUGAAGGACGUGGCAUACCGCCUCCGUGCCCUCAUUGACAAGCACUGCCCUGACAAGGAGGAAGAGUGGGAGUGUGGCAAGGAAGAGAGUGUAAGCACCGGAAAGGAGACGUCUACCACGACAAAUCCUGGAAACGGGAGCUCAUUGCUGAGCUCAAAUUCAAGUGGUAUCAAGAGUUGGCUGUCACUGAGGUUCUCUUGGGGUUACUGA